GGGCAAGUGAUCCAGCAUUCUACAGUUUGUCUGAAAGAAAAGUGAGCCUCCAAAAAUGUUCUUCUAACCAUCAGAUUGAGUGUUUUCUAGAUUCUGUCCCAGUGCAUCUGAUUCCUGCUCUGUAGCUUUCUGAAGGGUUGACAUUGAGCAUUGUUAGUGAAACUCCGCUGCGACCUGAGUCUACCACACAACAAAGGCUUUGAAGAUCUCUUUCAGUUAAAACCAUAAUGACUUUCUUGGACUGCAGUCCCAGUGGAGCCUGUUUCUGCGUAGCCUGGAAGAAUACCUAACUACCAGCAGCAGUUCCUCAGAGGACUUAGAGAAACCACUCUACAUCAAACAACUCUGGAUUGUUCAGGGGGAACUUAAGGCUAGCGGAUAUCAACUGACCUGAAAGAUUCAACCACUGCUACUCAGAGCUUCUGCUGAAAUACCAUGUCUAAGAACACAGAGUUCAUCAAUCUGUCAUUUUUAUUAGACCAUGAGAAGGAAAUGAUCCUGGGAGUCCUAAAGAGAGAUGAAUAUUUGAAAAAAGUGGAGGACAAGAGGAUAAGGAAGCUGAAAAAUGAACUCUUAGAAGCAAAACGUAGAAGUGGGAAGACUCAACAAGAGGGCAGCAGAGUCUGUGUUCACUGCCACAGACAUCUGGGCUUAAUAUUUGACCGGGGAGACCCGUGCCAGGCCUGUUCGCUGAGAGUGUGCAACGAGUGUCGGGUCUCAGGACUUGAUGGCAGCUGGAAGUGCACUGUCUGUGCCAAAGUCGCGCAGCUAAGGAUUGUAACUGGUGAAUGGUUUUUUGAAGAAAAGGCAAAGCGUUUCAAGCAAGUUAAUGUUCUGGGCACUGAUGUUGUCCGACAGUCCAUCUUAAGAAGAAGUCCAGGAGCUGAAGAAAUACAAAGCCAAGAGCAAACCCGUCAGGAUGCAGAAAAGUCAGACACUUCACCUUCUGCUGGGCAGAAGGCCAGCCAUGACGGGCCCAGGAGAAAAGGAUUUCUUCUUGGCAAGUUCAGAUCAGCAACCAGAGGAGAAAUCAUAACUCCAAAAUGUGAAAGUGGGCGGAGCUACAGCUUGGACUUAGACAGCCAAAGUUUUCGGAGUUUAAAGUCAGCCCCUGGUUCAGACAGGGGAAGCACUGGUUCAUCCGAUCUCAAUGACCAGGAAGCUGGUGCUGGGACCCCGAAGAGCAGCCGGAACAAUGGUAUGACCCCAGUCACUCCGAGGUCACCAGCCGCAAGCACACGCAGCAUGAGCUCAGUCAGCAGUAGAGAACGUGGUUUUGAAAAUUCCAUGGAUUUGGCUGCCACUGAAAGCACCUCUGAGGAUGUCACAAAGAGUCAUCACAGAAACACUUCUGGCACACCUUCCAUAGCAGUGUCCGGGGCCUCCCUCUCAUCAGACCGAAGUCGAUCUGAAUUAGAUUUGAGUGGGUCAUUUCCAGAAGACUUAGAGGAUACUGUAAGCAUAAGAAGCAAGUCUGUCCCUGGGGCUCUAGACAAAGACUUGGACUCUUCGGAAGAGACUGAAGAAGGCAUUGAUGACUUAGUGUCCUCCGGGUUUUCUGCAAAUACCCACAGUCUAGCAAGUGGCCUGUCAACCAAUUCUCAAGCGGGCUCUGACAGGAAGUGGACCUACCUAAAUGUGCCUGAUGCUGACUCAGACACUACCAGCCUUAACAGCAUGAUGAGUGUUUACAGUGAAACAGGAGACUAUGGCAACGUGAAGGUCAGUGGUGAAAUCCUUCUCCGCAUCAGCUACUGCUACAAAACUGGCGGGCUCUACAUUUUUGUCAAGAAUUGCAGAAAUCUGGCCAUAGGAGAUGAAAGGAAACAGAGGACAGAUGCUUACGUCAAGUCAUACCUUCUCCCUGACAAGUCCAGAAACAAUAAGCGCAAGACCAAAAUCAGAACAGGCACCAAUCCAGAAUUCAAUGAAACACUCAAGUACACCAUCAGCCAUACCCAGCUGGAAACAAGAACUCUGCAGCUCUCAGUCUGGCAUUAUGAUCGAUUUGGACGUAACAGCUUUCUUGGGGAGGUGGAGAUUCCUUUUGACUCAUGGAACUUUGAAAAUCCAAGUGAUGAGUGGUUUGUGCUUCAGCCCAAGGUGGAGUUUGCUGCUGACAUUGGCCUUCAGUACAAAGGCGAGCUGACGGUUGUUUUACGUUACAUUCCCCCAGAGAAGAACCUGAUGCUUCCACUAGGACAACUUCAAGGAAAGAAGACCUUUAAAAGGGGAAAGAAGAAGGAGUCGGCUGUCAUCUCUGGAGGAAUAUUAGAAGUGUUCAUCAAAGAGGCAAAGAAUUUGACAGCGGUGAAGUCAGGAGGCACUUCUGAUAGCUUCGUGAAGGGCUACCUGCUCCCUGAUGAUAGCAAAGCCACCAAGCACAAAACUCUGGUCAUAAAAAAGAGUGUUAACCCUCAGUGGAAUCAUACUUUCACGUUCAGUGGCCUGCAUCCCCAGGAUAUAAAGAAUGUUUGCCUAGAACUUACCGUCUGGGACAAGGAGGCCUUUUCCAGCAACAUCUUUCUGGGAGGAGUUCGUUUGAAUUCCGGAAGCGGUGUGAGCCAUGGGAAGAACGUGGAUUGGAUGGACUCUCAUGGGGAAGAGCAACGCCUUUGGCAGGAGAUGGCUGACAAUCCUGGGACUCCUGUAGAGGGUGUACUCAUGCUCCGUUCCAGCAUGGGGAAGUGUAGGCUCUGAAGGUACCACUGCACCAAAACGAGGCCUCCAGGGACUGUCUGGCUGCCAUUUCCUACCAGUAACAGGCUUGGGACCUGGGAUUCUGCUUCCUGCUAUUUCUCACUUGAGGGUAUUGGGACAUGAGGGGAGAGAUGUCAGUGUUAUGAAUGUUUAGGAUCUUGCCCAGUGUCUAAAAAAGCAUGUAUCUCUCUAUGUCCAUGGGCCAGCGCCUUCUUGAUUGGAUGAUAGAAAGUGUACCACACUGUCCUGUCAACAAGCAAAUUGCGUGGUGAUUCAUAGAUUUUACACCAUAAGGGAAAUGGCACAAGUUUAUCUGAAACUACAGUUGAGAUGGGGGGUCCCCAAACUUUUUCUAAUUAUGAGUUACUUUAGAUUUCCUCAAAUGGUUUGAGGUAAAGGGGGUCACUAAAAAUGUAGAUCACUUAGAGAGGAAGAAGAAGGGAUACUGGCUACCCUCUCCUCAUCCUGGGAAUCCCCAUGAGCCAAAGAAGGCAUUGUAGGGGUGGUUGCUGGGGCAAGGGGGUGGCUCUGUUAUUGUAGCAAAGUUCUGGAUUAACCGGCUGAGUUUUCAAGAUGAACAGACAGGUUUUUCUAUGGUGACUAUAUAGUUUACAAUCUAAAUCAGUCCACUUUUGAGAGUAGAGAGAGCUAAAUCAUUACAGCAAUGGUAACCCAGAAUUGACCUGGGAAAAUUGGAACGUAGGAUCACCCUACUUAUGACCUAGCUAUUAGAGAGCUCUAUUGUUAACACUUAUUUUAUAAAAUGUUCUAAGCCAUUAACUAAAAGGGAAUAAGAAAUAAUGUACAUAUUGAGCCCCUGCUUGUGUCAUGUCUACUGAUAUCCCAUUGGUUAAAGGAAGUCACAUGGCCAAGCCCAAAAUCAAGAGGCAGGGAAAUACAGUCUGCUCAUAAUGCAGCCAUGGCAAGAGUAAGGAUGCAAGAAGGGAUGAAGAAUUGGGGCCAAUAGUUCAGUCUACCAUACUUUCUGUCACCUGGAAUUCGAUAUGCUUUAGCCACCAAACUUAGAUGUGAAGGCAGUAAAAGCUGAAAGGGAAGGGAGCUCCAACCUGGUUCCUCAUUUUGCAGAUUCCAAAUCUGAAGCCCAGAGAGCUGAAAUGACUUGCCCAGGAUCAUACAGAGGCUGUAACUGUAUCCAAACUUAAAUCCAGGAUGUGCCUCCUAGGCCAGCAUUCUUUUCAGUGUAGUCCUUGGCAUGAUACUAUGCUUAUCGGGGUGGACAGGAGGAUGUGGAUGGAGGAAGGUGGAGCAGAGUUGGAUUCUUUGAAUAGGAACAUACCUAACUCAGUCUUCUUCUGGAGUCAUAUUCUAGCCCCUCAACUCAUUUUUUCACUUGAAUUUAUAUAAAAUCCUUAAAAGGAUAGAAACUGGAUUUUAGUAGUAGGAAAGCUAGAAUCAUCUUCAGGCUUAUUGUGGCUAAUUGUUCCAUAUUCUAAAUUUCUUCUUGAGUUUUGAAAACAGAUUUAAGAAUAUAUUUAGCACUAGUCUUAGUAAAGGAAUAAGCAAUCCAUUUUCAAUAUUAUUCAAAAAUAGGCUAAUUCUAGAAAAUUGAGUUUAUUGAUCUAGUGUAGUUUAGUACAUAUGGUACUUUUUUUUUUUUGCUGAGGAAGAUUAGCCCUGAGCUAACAUCUGUACCAAUCUUCCUCCACUUUAUA